CAUCGGUGCAUGCACCACCCACCUUUACCUGAGCGGAGGGAAGGGCCAGACCAGUCGUCUGUACAGAAGGAGAGAAAGGAGGAAGCACAGAGGUGUGUGACUGCUGUUUUUAUGUGAAAAAGGAAGGAAAGAAUAAACCACCGCGAGAGCGACGCUGAACAGGAUUUAAAGAUGGAUGUCCAGGAGAUCUCCCCAGGGGUCAUGGGGCUGCUCAAAACCUUCGACUCGUCCGAGUUUGGGAGCUGGGAGAAGAUCGGCUCGGGUGGAUUCGGACAAGUUUAUAAAGUUCGGCACGUACAGUGGAAAACAUGGCUGGCCGUCAAGUGUCCUCCCAGCCUUCACGUCGACCAUAAAGAGCGCGCCGAGCUCCUGGAGGAGGCCAACAAAAUGGAGGCGGCCAAGUUCCGAUACAUCCUGCCCGUGUACGGCAUCUGCAGCGACCCGCUGGGCCUGGUGAUGGAGUACAUGGAGACGGGUUCGCUGGAGACCCUGCUGGCCUCCGAGCCUCUGCCCUGGGCCCUGCGCUUCCGGAUCAUCCACGAGACGGCGGUGGGCAUGAACUUCCUGCACUGCAUGAACCCGCCGCUGCUACACCUGGAUUUAAAACCCGCUAACAUCCUGCUGGACGCCCAUCACCACGUCAAGAUCUCAGAUUUCGGCUUGGCCCGCUGGAACGGCUUCGCCAGGAACGACGACAUAAGCCGCGACGGGUUCUGCGGCACGAUCGCCUACCUGCCGCCCGAGAGGAUCAUCCAGAGGGACCGGAUCUCCGACACCAAGCACGACGUGUACAGCUUCUCGAUCGUGAUCUGGGGGAUCCUCACACAGAAAAAGCCGUAUCAAGAGGAGAGCAACAUCCUGCACAUCAUGGUGAAGGUGGUGAAGGGGGUACGUCCGGACCUGAGCGCCGUGCCCCGCAGUCGACCCCCGGCCUGCUCUGGGUUCAUAGCCCUGAUGCAGAAAUGCUGGAGUGACCCUCCGGACGCUCGGCCCAGCUUCCAGGAGAUCACGUCCGAGGCGGAGGAGCUGUGUUCCAAACCGGACGAGGUGUCCAGGGCAUCAGUGUCCGAGCCCGACUGCUCACCCUGUCCAGCCAUGCCCACCUUGGAGCAGGUUCGGGAUCAGAAGCCCGUCAGGCCGAAGUCGGCCGUGUUACCGGAGAAGGAUUACAGCCUGUCUGAGCUGCUGAAUCAGAUCGACUCGGGGAUCUCGCGCAGCUUCGAUCGCGUUAAGGAGGACGACUGUCUGGAGAGCAAGGACAACACGAGCAAGCGGCUGUCGGGCAUCUCGUCCGUGGACUCGGCCUUCUCGUCCCAGGGCUCGCUCACGCUCUCCUUCGAGAGGGAGAACUCCACCAGCGAACUGAGUGAGCUGCAGAAGAGGAAGCUGUGUGAGGCCAUCCGCACCGAGGACACGGCCAAACUGAUGAAGCUCCUGCAGCCGCAGGACGUGGAGCUCCGACUGGAGAGCGACGGCAGCCUCCUGCACUACGCCACCACGCUGGCCAACGAGGAGGCGGUGAAAUUCCUCCUGCUGAACAACUGCAGCGCCAACCUGGCCGACUGCCACGGCGCCACCGCCCUGCACGUGGCUGCGGAGAAGCGCCUGAGGGGCGUGGCCGAGAUCCUGCUGAGCCGCAAGGGCACCGACGUGAACGCCAAAGACGAGGACCAGUACACGGCCCUGCACUUCGCCGCGCAGAACAACGACGAGGCUCUGGCGCGCCUGCUGCUGGAGAGGCGGGCGUCGGGCAGCGAGGCGGACGCGCAGGGGCGCACGGCGGCACACGUGGCGUGUCAUCACGGCUGCGAGGGCGUGCUGCGCGUCCUGCUGAGCCGUGGCGCCGCCAACGCCCACGCCACCACCAAGGACGGGUGGACGCCGCUGCACCUGGCGGCCUGGUACGGCCACUCCAGCAUCGCCAAACUGCUCGCCAAGCAGGCCGGCGCCAAAGUGGACAUGGCAACCGCCGACGGGCGCACGCCUCUGCACCUGGCGGCUCAGACCGGCCGCUACAGGGUGGCACGCUUGCUGGUCGAGCUGGGGGCCGACGUGCACCUGACCCCCAGUCUCGACCUGCGCUCGGCGCUGCACGUGGCGGCCGAGACGGGCCACACGAGCACGGCGCGCCUGCUGCUGAAACACGGCGCGGACAUCCAGGGGCGCACGGCUCAGGGCUGCACCGCCCUGCACCUGGCGGCUCAGCACGGCCACCUCGCGACCGUCAAAAUGCUCCUGGAGGAGGGCGCCGACGUCAAGAGCGCCAACCGCGCCCUGCGCACCGCCUGCCACCUGGCCGCCGAGGGCAAGUGCAGCCAGGUGGUAGCUAAGCUCCUGGAGGCGUGGCCGGGGGCGCUGGAGGUGCAGGACGAGGACGGUUUGACCCCUCUGCACCUCGCCAUGCGCAAGGGGAACACGGAGGUGACGCAGCUCCUGCUAAGCCACGCCGGCCCCGAGUCGGGGAUCACGCCGACGGAACGGAGGAGCCUGAACGCCAGGACGACAGACAGGCUCCCCCGAAAAGUUCUCAUCCUCAAACUCACCGAACCCAAGGAGAACGGUUCCACACGGGACUCAGCAGACGGUUCCACACCGGACUCUACUCACAUCUCUGAGAACAGCGGGCACUGAUGCCACAAAGUGGACCAUUACAAAUUGAUGUGUGUAUAUAAUGUAAUUAUUUUUAUCCAUUUAAAUACACACUAUAUGACCAUGAAUGGAGCGACCUCUGUGUGAUCUCAUCAGCUUGAACAGCGGAGGCUUCUUAAAAGACUUUAAAGUGUGUCUGUGUGUGGGAACUUGUGCUCGUUCAGUCAAAAUGACAGCGUUUGUAUGACUGGAUUCAUUCUAAAUAGAGGGGACAAUCAUCCUGGAACUGGAAAGGCCCUUUCCUAAACUGUUGCUGCAAAGUCAUGUCAUGGACGCAUGUCAUUACCUGUAUAUCAUAUUUGUAUAGCUAAAACACAUAAAUUUAGUCAUUAUUAUUCUGGAACGGGUGUCCGGAUACUUUUGACCGUAUGGUGCAGUUAAUCUUCGGAUGGUAUUAUUUCUAUACACGUUGCUACGGGCGCUCGGACGCAUUUUCAGCAUUAAUUCAGUUUUAUUUCUGAUUUCUAAUGAGGAGAAUAAUCAUGUACAGUAUAUAAGAACGGUGUACGCAGAACCCGCACAGUUUACUGCCUCGCCCUCGUCACCCCGGACCUCCCGGCCGGGCUUCGCUUUAAUGUUUGUCGUGUGUUUUCCUCUUGUACUUGUGUACUUGUGUUCCACUGA